AUGAAACGGAAGGGACUUGGGUGGGCUUCAAGAGCCACCCAGGACUCGAAGGCCCCCAGGGAAGCUGAAGGCCUUGAUCACUCAUUGGGCCACGGGCAUGUCAGUCUUUGCCUGUUGGCCAAUGAGCUCAGAGCUGGCGCUGGAGGAAGUGGCUCUUUGUUGACGUUUCCAAGCUCCGCCUCCCACUGCCAGUCAGCCAGACGCUCUCCCGCCUUGGGGACGGCCGCCACCACCGGCGCAGGCGCAGUCUCCCCGGGCCACUUCUCGGGCUGCCCCGGGGGCUCUCCUGUCCCGGGGCCCCCACAGGCGCCUUCGCAGACUCUUCUUGUUCCCUGCGCAGCCGGCUUCUCUGCCGCCCCCUCUGCCGCCCCCGCCACCUCCAGGCGGGCCCGCUGCCAACAGCCUCCCCGCAACGGCGGUCAGCCCGGCGGCCGCCAUCUUCGCCGUAGUCGUCGCUGCAGCCGGGUCGGUGUCGGCCGCGUCCCUCCUGCCAUGUCUGCCACAGAGGAGCGCGGCCAGAUCCCAGGUGGCCGGGACACAGCUGUUGGCUGGGCGGGCGGCGACAACAGACUCCUUGGGGUCGGUGCGUCACCUUUGGAAGGGAUGGAUGGAGUCCAGGGCGUCUUCAGAGUCCUUCCGGAGGAUGAGGGUUGGCAGGAGGAGGUCGCCGAGGCCGCAGCGGAAGAGAACUGGGCUGUAGAGCUGGGAGAGGAGGAGGGGGAAAGGGAAGAGUUUGAAUUCGAGUUCGAGGACCAGGAGGAGGAGGAGUACCAGUCAGAAGAGGGGGACGAAGACGAGGAGGAGGAAGAGAGGGAGACAGAAGAGGAGGAGGAGGACGGGCAGGAGGGCACAGAAGUCGUCUCGGGUGCCCGUGAGGCCCCCACCGUGCGGUCUGGGUCCCUGUUCCGCAUUCUGGUCCAUUCCCUUCUACACAGCGACCGUGACCUGGUCCGGCCCCACGCGGGCCGCGUGGGGGCUCGGCGCCGCUUCUGGCAGCGCUUGGACCUUGCAGACCUUGCAGACCUUGCAGACCUUGCAGAGGGCCCCGCGCCUCCUCAGGAGGUGGAAGCCCCGGGAGAGGGACCUGUGCCCCAGGAGCGGGAAGACCUGGGAGAGGAAGCUGAGGUGUGGGGGGGCGAGGCCCUGGCUGAUGCCUCCCAGUCCUGGGAGGCUGGAGCCUGUGGCCCCGAGGGCAGGGCCCAGGCUGGCGAGUGGCGGCCGAGUCCUCAGGCCCUCGCAGCCCCUGUUGGGGCGUCUGGCCCAAAGGCAGGCGGUGCUCAGCGCUUGCCUCUAGCACUUACGCAGCGGGUCAAAGCUCUCAAAAACCUCCAGGCACGACAUGCGCAAGUAGAAGCCCAAUUCUAUAAAGACCUUUUUGAUCUCGAGAAAAAGUACGCUGCCUUCUACGAACCUCUGUUCGAUAGGAGAGCUGCCAUCAUCAAUGCAAUUCAUGAGCCCACAGAAGGGGAAUGUCAGUGGGCAGUAGGUGUGGCGGAAGGGGCUUGGGAAGAAAUGGAUGCAGAGCCUGAAGGAAAGGGGCAAAUAAAUGGCAUACCUCACUUUUGGCUGACAGCUUUUAAAAAUGUCAAGAUGCUCGGUAGGAUGAUCCGGGGAAAUGACGAACUUGCCCUGGAGCACUUGACAGAUGUGAAAAUAAAGUUUUCUGGGGUCGAUGAACCAAUGGGCUUCACCGUAGAAUUUAUCUUUGAGUCAAACGAAUACUUUUUCAACCAAGUUCUGACGAAAACGUACCGAAUGCGCUCAGACCCAGAUGAUUCUGAUCCCUUCUUCUCCAGAGGGCCAGAGAUAAUCAGCAGCACAGGCUGUGAGAUCUACUGGAAAGAGGGGAAAGACCUCACCAUGAAAACUCUCGAGCUGCAGAAGUGUGAGGGCCGUGGAAGUGUGGUACCAGCCACGGACAAGGUGCCCAGUCGUUCCUUCUUCACCUACUUCUACCCUCCUGAUUCUCCUGAGGGUAGGGUAUUGGAUAUCGCCACUGAUUAUAAGUUGGGCUAUUUUUUCCGUGAAGUUCUGGUCCCAAAGUCCGUAUUAUUCUUCACGAAAGAAGCGACUGAAUAUCAGUGUGAAGACUCUGAUGAAGAGGUCCAAGAAGCUGAAGGGCCAAGAACCGAAGAACCAGGGCGAGGACCUGAAAAGGAUGUGGACCCAGCAGAGGGCAGCCCCGGGGAAGCCAGUUCUCAGGCAUAGAAAGACACGAUGGAGGAAGAAACAACGAAAUUGUUCUUCACGGAUUUGAGAUUUUCUGCUUCUCAGUAGCCAGUGGGAAUUUUAUCAACACUGGUUUUGUUCCCGAUUUCAUCAUGCAAAAAGUGUUAUCCACCUUCAUCUGACUUUUCUCUUAAGUUUUUCAGAUACGUUUGACAGCAUUUGCCCCUGUUAAAAAUAAAAGUUUGCCAGAAAUGGA